GGAACGAGGAAAAAGUUCGGAGGUAUCAGGAGAAGAACAUCGGUGUCAUCCGUUUCACUCAUUACAAAUACGAAAACUUGUUUGGCAGCAUAAAACUGGAGCCAUCAUAUGGUUACGUAGACGGGUUACGUAGACGGCUUUAAGAUGCCGAAGGUUACGGUUGGAAAAAAAUAUUCAAAAGCAUAUACAGAAGAAGAUGUAGAAAAAGCCUUGCAAGCCAUAAAAAAUGGAAUGGGUAAGAAAACUGCUGCAAAUAAAUUUAAUAUUCCACGGGCAACUUUGCAGUUUCGCUUAUCCAACUUAUUUGUUAAAAGUCGACCUGGUCCAGAUACAGUUUUGACUGAUGCAGAAGAAAAAGAGUUAGUUAAAUGGAUAAUUUCAGCUUGUAGAAAAGGAUUUCCAAGGCGUAAAGAGGAUGUCAUAAAUAGUGUCAAACUGUAUUUGGACGAACAUCCCAGACCAAACAGUUUUAUAGAUAAUAAACCAGGCGAUGGAUGGUAUAAAUUAUUUUUGAAGAGGCACCCAGAGCUUUCUAUACGAACAUCAGAGGCUGUAAAUUCAGCCAGCUCAAAGGUGUCAGAGAAGGAAAUUAGAAAUUGGUUUAAACAAGUAGAAGAAUAUCUGAAAGAAAAUGAUCUUUUUAAUAUUUUGAGUGAUCCAUCUAGAGUUUACAAUGGGGAUGAAACUAAUUUUAUUUUAUGCCCAAAGAAUACUAAAGUUAUCGCUUUAAGGGGAACCAAAAAUGUGUAUGAGGUAGAUCACGCUCGGUCUAAAUCAUGUGUUACCGUAAUGUUUACAUUUUCGGCGAAUGGUGUAACAACACCUCCUAUGAUUAUUUACCCCUUAAAGGGAAUGCGACCUGAGAUUCUAAAGUCUGUGCCUAGCGAGUGGGGCAUUGGCUUGUCAGAUAAUGGAUGGAUGCAGGCUGAGCUUUUCAUCCAAUACAUACAGAAUGUUCUGCAUCCAGCGCUAAUGAAGAGGAAUAUCACUUUUCCAGUAAUUAUUUUUUUGGAUGGGCAUAAAAGCCACACAACACUUCAGCUUACUCAACUUUGUCAAAAUCUUGGUAUAAUACUUAUAGCUCGAUACCCUAACGCGACACGGAUUUUGCAACCAGCAGACGUAGUGGCGUUUCACCCAAUAAAAGUAAUGUGGCGUAAAGCAGUCCUAGAAUGGCAUACAGAUGACUCAACGAAAUCCUUACUAAAAACAGACGUUGCUCCUAUAUUGGAAAACCUUUUACCCAAAUUAAACAAGACGACGUUAAAGAACGGUUUUGAAGCUUGUGGUUUAUGCCCAUUUAAUCCAGAUCAAGUAGACUAUACAAAAUGUUUAAUGCCCUCUAAACCAGUACAAGAAAUUCUGGAUGACAAAUGUUCUACAAGUCUUAACUGUCAGACAUUUGAAGAAAUUGUUGGACCUGUGGUAGGACCAUAGCUAGUACGAAAGAUGAAGAAUCAGAUGGUAGGUAAAUCAAUAGAAGCUAAAAAUCUUUAUGACUUGUAUAAAUAUCUUGUACCAAAAAUUUCAACACAAGAGUCAUCGUAACAAAUAAUAGAAAAAGGAGAACAAUCGAAUAAAGACUAGAGAAAGUUACAAUUUAGAAAAGUAAACCAAACUUUCAUAGUAUCAAACCAAAAAUUGUAAUCCAUUCAAACAUUAUGAUCGAACCUGCGAAUAGAAUCUCAAGUGAUAUUGAAGAAGAAAGAGGAUAUACAAGAGAAUUAAAAAUAGAACAUAAGACCGAAGUUAAACCUACAAAUAUUACUACAUAUUAAAGGAAAUAAAAAACAGACCCAUUUUAGAUGCAGUUGAAGCUGAAAAUGAAAGAAGCUUAAAAGAAUCGGAACAAGUAAUGGUAAAAAAAGAAUGAAAGGGCCUAUUUUAGAUAAACCUGCAAAUUUCAGAGAUUCAAGGGAAACCAAAAAAGAUAAGGUAAAAGUUGAAGAAAAUAGAUUGAGACCAAUGACAAAUGAAGAACUAUUAAAAGUAUUAGGU